AUGGUCUUCUACGCAGUCCGGACUUUGAAACGAAGGAACGGAGACAGAUUCAUCAAGGAUCAAGAAAAAAAUUAUAUGAUUCAGAUACAGGAGUAUCAACUAGAACGAUUCCUUGCUUUAUUUAAGAUGGGAGGAUCUGACGGUAAUGGUAUUCUUGGAAUGGACGAGUCCAGCUCAGCAGCUUCUACCGCCAAGUCGCAUGUUAUACGACACGAUAUAAAGCGCGAAGCGGUAAAGGCACUUCUGCCAGCGUCGUCUCAAGUACCGGAAUUCCGAUCAAAGUAUGCGGAUCAAGUCAUGGAGUAUUUCGAGCCAUUGGUAUUGCAGAUCAAAGCUAAAAUGCUUAACGGCAACUCUGCGAAACGGAAUAAACUUCGAUUAGAAUACUUCGACCAUCUCCUGACUUUUCUACCACUCUACCUCUUCCAUGUAGACAUGAUCAACGUAGUCAUUCCGGAGUUGAUGUUCGACGGGCAAGCUACACUUGAGGCGCAAAGACCAAACGCUGGCCAAAAGUUUUUACAACACGCUAUGAAACUUGUUGAAGAGAAUCAUCGCUAUCUGCGGAAUGAGGAAGUUCUUUUUCAGGAUGGUAGGAAAAAGCAUUAUUAUCAAGUCAACCAUCCUUCUUCAUUCUUUUGGGGUAUCGUACAAGACUGGAUUGCAUCAUCAAGAGGAUCAUUGGCCAAUGUAAUCAUUGAUAAAGACAAUAACAAAAUGAAUUCCGUUUUCAAGCAAUUUUUUAAUGAGAUUCUUGUUGGUUUUAUUGAACACCUCUCCCAGACAUCAGUACAGACCGCUACCUUUUAA